CGGUAUAAAUUAUAAAGAAGAAGAAAAAGAAAAGGUGGAGGAAGAGGAAUAGAGCACGAAAUUGCUGGAUGGAGAGAAACAGGAGCAGAACUGAUGAAGUAGGGGGCGGUAAUGCACCUGUAGUUGACCUGCUAACACCACAAAUCCGCCAUAAACAAAAAGAGGAAGAGAAGUACGGAUCUGCUGGAUGGAGAGAAACAGGAGCAGAACUGAUAAAGGAAACGAGAAAGUUUCAGCUAAUCUCCAUAAAAACAUGCCUAAAGUCUGUCGCAAGUCAAAGAAGAAGAAGAAAUCCAGCAAGAAGAAGAGGAACUAUCACUGUUCAGACUGUGGGAAGAGUUUCUUCGUAGAGAGUCAACUGAAAAUACACCAGCGUUAUCACACCGGAGAGAAGCCGUAUCAGUGCUCGGACUGCGGGAAGAGAUUUACGAUACUGAGUCAUCUCCAGCGACACCAGGUCGUUCACAGCGAGGAGAAACCGUAUCAGUGCUCACAGUGCGGGAAGUGUUUUAAUUUAGAGAGCACUCUCCAGUCACACCAGCGAAUUCACACCAAAGAGAAACCGUAUUCCUGUUCAGACUGCGGGAAAACCUUCAGAGAGGGCGGUUCCCUCAAAAGGCAUCAGCGUAUUCAUACUGGAGAGAAACCGUAUCAGUGCUCAGACUGCGGUAAAAGCUUCAAUCAACUGGGAACUCUUCAGGCUCACCGGCGAAUUCAUACCGGAGAGAAACCGUAUCAGUGUUCAGAGUGCGGGAAGAGUUUUACCCAACACAGUAAUCUCAGAAUUCAUCUCCACAUGCACUCUGGAGAACGACCGUUUGAGUGUGAACACUGUGGGAAGUACUUCGCUCUACAGAAUAAUCUCUAUCUUCACCAGCGAAUUCAUACCGGAGAGAAACCGUAUUUCUGCUCGGACUGCGGGAAGAACUUCAGACACUCAAACUCUUUGAGGACUCAUAAGUGUAUAAAGUUAGAGGAAGAUUCUUCAUGACUUAUUACAAGAUGAGCUUAAUGAGUAUCAAAAACAGUAGCGAAAAGUUGGAAGUUGAGUUCUUUGAAGUGAACAGUCCGUAAGGUUUUUUGUUCAGAAUGAGUAUUUGCACUGAUCAUACUGAAGAGACUCUUUAUUACGCGUCUCUUUUAUCUCUUCAGCUCUUCUUUUUUAUUCUAGUUCUGAUUUCCUUUAGUUUUAAUGAUGUGUGAAUCAGCAGAUUAAAACAACUGUAGUGACGGUAGCUUUUGUAUCUGUUCCAUUAGCAUCACCACAAGUCCUCAGGUAAAAAAGCUAAAGCUAAAGCUGUUAUAGCUAAAAAGGAAAAAAAAUAUCAGAGACAAAAAAAAAUACAUACAGGGGUUGGAGAAUGAAACUGAAACACCUGUCAUCAUUUUAGUGUGGGAUUUUAGGUUUCAUGGCUAAAUUGGAGCAGCCUGGUGGUCAAUCAUCAUUAAUUGCACAUUGCACCAGUAAGAGCAGAGUGUGAAGGUUCAAUUAGCAGGGUAAGAGCACAGUUCUGCUCUAAAUAUUACAAUGCUCACAACAUUAUGGGGGACAUACCAGAGUUCAAAAGAGGACAAAUUGUUGGUGCACGUCUUGCUGGAGCAUCUGUGACCAAGAC